AUGGGUUCUAGUGUUGGAAGACACAGCCAGAUGAUAAUGCGCAACUUCCAGAAAAUCAGAAUUAUUUGUGAAGCAAGAAAUAGCAAUCCAUCCCAAAUCCUAAGCUUUCCUGAGAGCCCAUCUGAGUGCCGCAAUUGUAGCUUCCUCUUAGGUGCAGUCUCCAACAGUUGUAUAGACCCAGAUAUCUGCUACAACUCUCGGUUUUUGAAGCCACGAAGAAGGGGGCCAAGUCAAAUUGAUGGUAAUCUCCAUCGAAUGGUGAAGACGGUCAGCGGGUUGCAGCUGUUACAGCCCAUAAGCAUCGAGAAAUAUUUUUUUUUCGAUCUUAUGGUGACGACGACGGUGAGUGAGGACUAA